CGCAUUUGGACCGUUCUCUCCAAUAUUAUUGUUACCAAACUGUGCUCGUCCAACAGCACACUUGCUAUUCACCGAGCCCGGCACUGCUUUAGCCGCCCAUUGCUGCUCGGGAGUUGCGAUCGCCCCAGCCUCGACUUGGCCGUCGCGCAACGGCUCUGAUUCUGAAACGCCGUGACCUUUGCUAUUAAACGGGCACUAGGUACAUACGCCAUGGCGGGGUCACUGGCAGCAGUCAAGAAGGAGUUGCGAAAAAAGAUACGGACUAUUCUCAGCCAGCUGCCUGAUGCGGCCGCUGCUUCGCAAACGGCCAAUGCCACUGCCACUCUACUAGCCAUGCCCGAGUACCAGGCGGCCCGUAGAAUCAGUGUCUAUCUAUCCAUGCCGGGAGGAGAAAUCUCCACAUCCGACAUUGUGCGCAAUGCCCUUGGAAAUGGCAAGAAGGUCUUCAUUCCAUACACGUACACUCUGGACACGCCCGACCAAGGCCAACCAAAGUCCAUCAUGGACAUGCUCGAGCUGCACUCGAUGACUGACUUUGACUCGCUCAAACCCGACAAAUGGGGCAUUCCAACUCCAAGCACAGAGUCCAUUUCAUCACGUGCCAAUUGCUUUGGCGGUACUGGUGUCACAAACGGCAAGACUAAUGGCAUCAAAGACGGCCUUGAUCUGAUCGUCAUGCCCGGCAUGGCUUUUGACGCGCAGUUCGGCCGCCUUGGCCACGGCAAGGGCUUCUAUGACUUCUUCUUGACCCGCUGUCACCACGAAUCGCGCAUGCCUUUUCGCGGUAAGAACUACUGGUAUUCUGUAUGUGGAGGGCUAACUGACCACGUCAAAGUUGGUCUUGCCUUGACCGAGCAGCUCCUUCCGCCAAAUGAGUCGGUUCCCAUGGACUCUUCCGAUUUCCACCUCGACGCCUUAAUCACCGGCGCUGGUGAGCUCCGUCGCGCAGGGGCUUGAGCUUCUCCCAUCAAGUUUGGUAAACAAAACCGUGCCUGUCCGCUCCCUCCCACAGUCCUGCAAUGCAUGCGCUCUCUCAUGUGUACGAUCCUACAACCGCAGGAGAAACGUGUCCGUUACUGGCGCUUAUUGAAGUUGCUGGAUCAGGGAAAUGUUGUCUC